CAUCGGCGGCGGCAGCGGCAGCGGCAGCGGCAAUCGAAUCCUCACCACGAUGACGUUCCCGUACGAGGAUUUGGCGGCCGAACUGUCCCGCGAGACGGACGAGCAACCCCCUCUGAAGAUCCAACGUACGGAUCCGCCCACCGAUGUUCAGGAACUGGUGAAGGGCAUGGAUGCGUGUAAACUGGAUGAUUUGCACAGGCAAAAACUCAAGGCCCUCAUGGUCUACGAUCCCAAGAGGAAGUGUGAUGUCCCUAGCCGCUUCUGCAGCAUCCACCUAGCUUGCUUCGAUCUUGAUGAGAAGUCAACUGCUAAAAUCGGGCCACGGUAUGAACGCGACCGUGACCCUUUGUCCUCAACGACGAGGUUGACUAAAUAUGUUGUAGGAAAUACACAUUAUGAGCUGGCGGAUUAUUCCACCCAAGUCAUUUCCAUUAGGGUGGUCAAAGUUGGUCCUGCUUACAAAUACCCUGUUGAGGUUUAUGGUACAGUUAUCGCCAGGGAUGAGAUUGACUGCAAAUGUGUCUAUCUGUUCAAUCGUGAAAGAAAGGAUGCCCAGACCAUCAAGUCAAAGAAGGAUAUGUUAGCUCUGACAGGUCCAUACAGAGCGUUGGUUACAUUAGGUUAUAUGUAUUUUGAGUUUGAUUUAAAGACCAAGGGCAAGAAUCCUGAUGAUGAAGUGCAGUUUAGCAAAGGUGUAAUAGUGUACUAUUUCAACCCAGAUCGGAGGCGCAUCAUCGAUCAGCUACCUAGUUUCCAGAGUACAGUGAAAUUGGUACUGGAACAUGUGAAACUUCCAGUGGCAGCUAUCCUCAAAGUCAGUGUUGAGAAUAAAGAGACCAAUGACCCUCUUGUCCACUGGGAUGGUAAAAUAACAGCUGGGACUACCAAAAAUUAUAGACAUCAUAUGGUUCUAUAUGAUAGUAGUGUGCGUAGCGGCAACUUGGUGGGAGAAAACGGCUCUCUCUUGUUGAAUCGUAAUCUGGUAGCUGUCAAUGGGUAUCCACAAGGACACAGAGGCAAGGAAGAUGAAAUACUGGUGUUGUAUGUUUGUUUUCUUGAUGCUAGUUGUGAGAUUGAGGAUAAGGACAAGGUAGCCCCUGAGGAAGAGGAUUAUGGGCAGCAGGACCAGGACGGGGAAGAAGAAGAGGAAGAGGAAGAGAAGGAACCUAAGAAUGUUGUCACUCUAGAAUACCCUGCAACUGAGACUGUUUGGGAGCAUGAUUCCACCAAACUGACAGUGAAGGUCGAUUGGACUGCUGUUCUUGAUAGGCUGGUGGGUACUGAUUGCUUGCAUGGGUAUCCUUCUGUUCCACAAGGUUGCUCGAUUGAUUAUCGAUAUGGUAUUAUCUAUGAGUGAGAGUGGCUGUACUUUCUUGGUUGAUAUGUUUAUUCUGCUGGUAGAACUCUGUAAAAACACUGGAGGGCAAGCCAGCCUCUCACCCAACUAUGUCGUAGUAUUGUGCCUACUUUAGGGCGUACUCUCCGUUUCCUUAGAAAUGGAUGUAAUUCUCCAGUUUAAUAAACUGGAUCUUUGUGCUGGUAUCUGUAAGUCUGUUUGAAGAACUCCUACAGAGCUAAGAUUUACUGCAUCACUAUACCAUUCUUGUAUCGCUCGUUCCAGUUU